AUGAAAACAGCUCUAGUCUUUCUUUUCAUUGUCUCAUUUGCUAUUUCUGCUAGAUCUGAGAAAGAUUAUUCUGCCUUUGAUUCUAUACCCCCCGAGCCAAAAUCAAAAUUUGCUUUGUUAGAUGAUGUACGAAUUUUAGCCAAUGGACUCCUCCAGCUUGGACAUGGUCUUAAAGAUUUUGUCCAGAAGACCAAGGGGCAAAUCAAUGACAUCUUUCGAAAACUUAAUAUUUUUGACAAGUCAUUUUAUGAGCUGUCACUGCAAACAAAUGAAAUCAAAGAAGAAGAAGAAGAGCUCAGAAAAACAACCUCCGUAUUACAAGUUAACAAUGAAGAGAUAAGGAAUAUAUCACUUGAGCUGAUUUCAAGGAUUGAAAACUUCAUGCAAGAAAAAAUCCAGCUUCAAGAGAAAGUAGGUGAACUGGAAAAGAAAGUAGUUAAAUUAGUCCAUGGACAGCCUGUAAUUCAAGAAUCAAAAGAAAUUACUUCACUCAAAAGUUUUGUAGAGCGGCAAGACAACCACAUUAGACAACUUCUCAAAAUUGUACAAGACCAACAUGCACAACUUGACAAGCAGCACAGUGAAACCACAGAGCUGGAAGAUAAGCUAAACAACACAGGCUUUCAAGAAAAUACAGAAACUGCAUUUUCUUGGAAGCAAACAAAACCACAAACCAUCCCCACUCCGUCACCUAAUUCAAUGGCUACAAAACAAGAAUUUGGUGGUGUUGCUACAGACUGUACUGCCAUAUACAGCACUGGAGAACACUCUAGUGGCAUCUACACUAUUAAGCCCAAUGGGUCUGAAGCCUUCAGCGUCUACUGUGAAAUGAAACUGGACAGGCCAUGGACAGUAAUUCAAAGGAGAUCUGAUGGAUCGCAAGAUUUCAACCAAACCUGGGGGAGCUACGUAAAUGGUUUUGGAGAUCUCCAUGGGGAAUUUUGGCUGGGACUGAAUAAGGUGUAUUCCAUCGCUAAACAAGCUGACAACAUUUUACGUAUUGAGCUGGAAGACUGGAAGGCUAAUAAACGUUACAUCGAGUACACAUUCACCUUGGGCAGUCCAGAAACCAACUAUGCCCUCUACCUUUCUGAGAUCUCAGGAAAUAUUCCCAAUGCCCUGACUGAAGAGACAGAAAUGAAGUUCUCAACAAUGGAUCAUGGUGAUAACACACAGAGAGACUCUACCUGUCCAGAAAACUAUUCAGGUGGCUGGUGGCACAGUGGAUGCGGGGAAACCAACCUGAAUGGAAAAUACACCAAACCAAGAUCAAAAGGAAAACUAGAACGGAGAAAGGGACUGUAUUGGAAGCCUCAGAAAGGGAGAUACUACUUACUUAAGUCAACUAAACUCAUGAUACAUCCUACAGAUUUAGAAAGUUUUGACUGA